UGGAUCUGCUAACUAACCCCUUAAUUUCACCAAACAUGGGGAACAGCAACUGCUUAACCUGUAGUACCGGAGGACCACUUUUGUGCUCUCCCUUGGAAAGAGAAAGAAAGACAAAACACGGCUAUACAGUAAGGGCUCGGACAGAAAGAACAGAGAGUUCCUCCUAGUGAAAUCAUUCUAAACCUAAAUUUGCUUCAUCACAAUGAGUAUCUACCUGAGGUUGGUGCUGUCUCUCAAAUGGGGAAAGCAGUCUGUGGCGAUGUGCACAGCACUGCUGCUGAAGGUGCUGCCUUUGGGAAUACUGAGGAGGGAACAGUUAAUACUGCAUGAGAGCAGCUAAGGCUCACCUCGCUACAGACACCCAGGAAGGACCGCAGCCCCGUCCUGUUGGCUUACAUGAGGUUGUCAGCUUUCGUCAGAUGACGAACAGCCUUAUGUGGGAGGGAAAACUACCAGUCUGGAGGGAAUAAUAUCCACCAUAAAUUAUGGUAAUAGUUUUAUAGUGUCUAUUAGUUAAAACAAUUACUUUUCUCCCCACCUUCCUUCAGCUUCAGAAAUACAAACCAUGCGUUCCAGAAGUAACAGCACAGAAAGCCCAACCAGACCAAAACUGAGCCAGCAAAGGCCAAAAGACCACCAUAAAGAAGAGGCUGGUUGCAAUGGGAGAGGAAAUGGGCAAAGAAGGCAGAAGGAGGAGGAUGUAGUUCAAGCCAGUACCAUCCUAAGAAGCCCUAAGGCAGAGAAAAAACAAAGAAGUUCUUCCAAGAAAAGAGAGGAUCUCUCUCGUGAUGACUUGCUAUUUCUUCUUAGUGUCCUCGAAGGCGAACUACAGGCUCAAGAUGAAGUUAUAGGAGUACUUAAGGCUGAAAAAAUUGACUUGGCUUUGCUUGAAGCACAAUACGGCUUUGUUACUCCCAAGAAGGUGUUAGAGGCCCUCCAGCGAGAUGCUAUUCAAACAAAGGCUGAGCAAUGGCAAGAAGAUAUCUACGAAAAGCCUAUGGGAGAGCUUGAUAAAGUUGUAGAGAAACAGAAAGAAACUCACAGACGAAUGCUGGAGCAACUUCUAAUGGUAGAAAAAUCACACAGACAGACACUGCAUGAACUAGAGGAAGAGAAGAGGAAGCACAGCAAAUACAUGGAAAAAAGUGAUGAGUUUACACACUUACUGGAACAAGAACGUGAAAGGUAAGGUUACCUCUUGCCAUAGUACUAAGAAAUGCUUACAAUUUAACAUUGUGUCUAAGGAUCUGUCCGCUUUCUAUUCUGAAUUCACUAAAAAUCAGAAAUUUUUGUAGAGCUGUUUUUUGAGAGUUCAGCUGAGAAAACAUGAGUAAUUACUCCUCAAUAACACUAGUGUCUACUCCAUCAGCAGGUGAGGUAG